AUGAAUACCUCUACGUUUCAUCGCGUUUCUAUGAUGCAAAGAUCAUCAUCCUCGACUCCAUUCAUGAACACUAGAACUACUCAUCCUACUCCAUUCCCCAAAGAUAACAAUGACGACUGGAAGAAAACCCAUUUUUCAACUCCCACAUUUGAGUUCCCAGCAUCCCCACAAUCAGCAAUGGAAGAAAACGAAAGAAUGUUCCGUUUCCAUCCAAACCAUCCUCUAACAUCAAUGACAAUGCCUGAACUCUUCACUUGUUCCGGUUGCAAGGAGUAUGGCGCUGGCAAGAGGUUCGUUUGCCAUGAAUGCGACUUUCAACUGCACGAAUUUUGUGCUUUGUCGCCUAUGUCACUCAAGAACCAUCCUCUCCAUGGCCAGCACCAACUUCUAUUCCACACCAAACCCAAAUCAGGUGGAAUCUUGUGGCCUAAGUGCGAAAUAUGUGGGAAAGCGACGAGGGGAUUUACCUUUAAGUGCACGGCCUGCAACUUCCAGAUGCAUCCAUCUUGUGCUCUUCUUUCCACGGAAAUGAAGUUGCCUAACCAUGCCCAUACCUUAAGGCUCAUGCCAAUAACAUUGACACCAUUGGCAGGUCUUCACGGGGACAAUAAUCAUCAUAUAACUACAAAUGUCAGUAAUGGCGGCUCUAUGUGUGUGGAGUGCUAUAAGAAGAGAAGUGGGAGGAUUUUCAGCUGCACAGUAUGCGAAAACCACAACGUGCAUGCAGUUUGCGCAAAGGACAUGUUCAACGGGCUAAGAGAAAAUGGGAUAAAGAGAAGCCCGGAGAGGCCUAGCAUGUUGGCCGCAGCAGCUAGGGUUGCCUCCAUUGUUAUAGUGGAAUUCAUUGGUGGGCUUAUUGAUGGGAUUGGUGAAGGGGUUGGAGAAGCCCUAGCACAGAACAUUGCUCCAACUGGAAGGUCUAUUAAGAAAAGAAGAUCACCAAGAGGGAACUAGACUAGUACAUAACAUAUAACUAAGAAGCAAAGGAAAUUAAACACUAUUAUUUGUGACUCUUCUAUAAAUCUUUUAAGCUGUUAUUAUGUAUUGUAUAUUGAAAAGCUGGUAAUCUAUGCAUGCAUGUAAUUAAAAUGUUUUCAAAUGAAAUGAAGCCAUUAAGUACUUCUUUGAA